AUGCCUCCGAUAUCCUCUCAGCGCCGAACUGUGACCGAAGAGAGUUCAUCUCUUACAGACGAUGAUGUCGGCUUUCUCUACCAGGUUAUCUCCGGCGCUGAGGUCAAGCCCGAAGUCGAUCGACUACCAUUCCGCGCGCUAUUUGAAGCAUACGACGAGGCCAUUGGUCAACAUGGCGUCAAUGCAGACCCGGGACAUGCCUGCUUGCGGUUUUUAUUCAAGAUGGGAUCCAAAGCCGUGGACGGCGAAUCGCUUUUUGACAAAUUUGAGAAUGCGCUCCAGCAAGUGGGCAUCGUGAUCGAACUGGGCGAUGAAGGAUCGACAAAUAUCAAUGAAACAGGAGACCAUGACCAAUAUACCGCGGAAGUGACCCACAGCCGGACUGUUGACUAUCACAACGACGGCCCUCUUGAACACUCUUACCUCCCAAAUGGGGUGCCGCCGACCCCCAAACGGCGCGCAUCCUUCAACACUACCUACGAUAUUGGCGAUGACGCCACCCAGAGAAGCUUCAUCAAUCGUCCAAGCUCUCGUUCUUCCAUGUCCCGCCUUGAGGUUGGCAAACCUGACUUCUCAAAACCAAGAUCAUCGCCCUCGCAUGGGAAAGGAUCAACGCCUCUCAAGUCUCCAGACCGUACGCAAUUGAUAAGCCAGUUUCUGGACGUUGGCCGACGGCUUCUGAGCAGAUUUGACGGUGUAGAAUCUAAACCCGGGGCCUCAGAGCCCCCUCCGCUGACCAAUGGAGUGCUUGCGAGAUCAGCCGUCACUCGUGAUCGCUCAAAGAGGGCGGCGGAGGCUUCACGUUCCAACCGAUCUCUUUCCAUCGAAUCAUCCGAUAGUUCACAGUCCCAAGAAGUGGAAUCGAUCAUGUCGCAAGGUCCAGAGAAUGAUUCGUUCGAGAAAGAGGAGGUGCCCCCUGAGUUUCUUUAUCGCCCUCAGCUUUCAGAUCUACUGCGUGACGCAUCGACGUUCAACAUGUAUAGGCAACGAUCGAUCUGUCGUCGAAUUUUGACACUUUGGCUGAAGAAGGCCUUCCAAGCACGACAAGUUCGCGAAACAAGAGAAUCCUUAGCGACAAACUAUGACAGGAGCCUUCUGCUUAGACAAGCCUUUGAUCCCUGGCUUGGUGUUAUUCAAGAAAAGCGCCACUCAGCCCGCACAGAUCGUUUCUUCAAACAUCUUGAGACGCGCGCCAAUCGAGCACGAGAGUUAUAUCUGAUGACCAAAGCUUUCAGUCACUGGGCCCAGCUCACAUCGGAAGAGGUAGCACGGACAUCCGCUGCUCGCAAACAUGUUCUCAGUGUGAAAUACUUCAAAGCUUGGCGCGAGGUCACCGCCAUCAAUGAGUUGAAGGCCCAGCGCUUCGCACUCAAGCGACCAUUCCAUGCGUGGCGGAAAAAAAUCCAAGACCUGAAGGCGGCGGAGAGCCAGGCAGUCACUGUGCGCAACACGAAAACACAAAGAUCAUCGUUCUGGAACUGGCACUGGUGUUUCUUAUAUCGACGUGUCGUCGAUGUUUCCGACUAUCGACUGAAAAGGCGCUCACUUCUGUCUUGGCUUCGAAACUUCCGAACCAUUCGAGAGCGUGAUCAUGAAAUUGAUCUUCAUAAUAAGCGAUCAUCUCUGAUGUCGGUGCUUCAAACAUGGUCGCAGCACUCUAGAACCAUCGUCAGCGCAGAGCAGGAGAUUCAGAAUUCUCGGCGGCAGCAUGACCUUAGGGGAACUUUUGACGAAUGGAGAAUACAGACUCGUCUGGCACCGCCUGCUUCUCGGGUGUCCCAGAUGGUUGACACCAGAAUCUUACGAACCGCUCUUUCGAAAUGGGUGGACAAAGCUCGAAUGAUUCAGCAAGCAGAAGAUGCAGAUCGCUAUCGAAUCCAGCGCAACUCAUGGAACUCAUGGAACGAUACCCUUCGCUGCCUCGCACUUCGUGCCAGGAUUGACGAGCGAAUCAAGAUGGAGGCCAUGUACAAGUGGAUCUUAAUGGAACGAUACGAGUUGAUGCGAAGAAUACGGGAGCAGCGCAUCAAACGAGAAGUCUUCUCUCGAUUCAUUACAAACACACGCGAAACGUAUACUCGUUUACUGUUCCACGCAGAGGCCUAUGAGGAACGUCAGGCCGAAGUUACAGUUCAAUCCAAAUUCGCAAUUUGGCGUGAACAAGUGCAGCUUCAGCGCGAGCGAGAAUACAUUGCAUCGGAGUUCUAUGCUCCACGGCUAGCAGCCGAGUCUUUGGGAAUUUGGCGGGCACGACAUCAACAAGUGAUUAAAAUGGAAGGUUGGGCCCAGGAUGCACGUUUCUAUUUCUUAAUGAAGAGAUCAAUGAAGCAAUGGCAGAAGGCCAAAUCAGAUUCUGGUAAGAGGCGACGUCAGGAGGCGUAUGCAAAAGUGCGACGAAUGGUCAAAAUCAACAUUGCGUCCAAGGCAUUGGCCACUUGGGCAUCGAAAACCCGGGUCAUUUUGGACAUGGACCGACAAGCUGCGGAGGUCGAUCGAGACAAGCUGCUGGUUGAUACGUCUGAUAUUUUUGCCCAGUGGCAUGAGAAAACAAAUAAGAGGAUACAGGAGGUACAGGAUGCCGAUGAUUCAUACUUCCGACAAGUUGCAUUCGAUCAGCUGAUGCAACUGUCCGAAACCUUCAUCAUACGCCGUGAGAUGGAAGAUCAAGCAGACAAUGUCCAUCGCUUGCAUGUUCUGCGAUCGGCAUCUGGUGCACUUCGCAAGCUCAGCCUUCGCAUCUUCCAGGUCAGCAACCACGUUGAGACUGCCGAAGCUAUGCGCGAGCGAAACCUCCGCAAACACUCGAGAAACAUGUUCCGUGACUGGGUGGAUAAUGCCCGCCUGAAGAUUGAAGCUCGUGAUUCCGCCGGUCCAUCCAUGACCCCGGGGCCGAUGUCAACGUUUGGGAACGGCGAGGGCGCUGGUUCAGCCUCAGCGAUAUUUGACCCAUGGUCGCAAGAUCCUGCGGAAACUCCGUUCAAACUGAGCGACUUCACUGGCACCUCCCAGUCCACUUCUCACGACCCGAUCUCUGCAAGCCCCUUGGCAACCCCCAACUUCUCAGCCUCCCCCUCUAAACGAGCAGCCCGAGCGCGCGCCCUUGCUCAAAUCUCCACCACCCCCGCCACACCUAUGCGCACACCAUUCGCCAGCCGUCUUCUUCGCGCCGGGACCACCACUGCUCUCACCACAUCCUCCAAACAACCACGAACAGGUCGGCGCAGCUCGGUCGGUACCAGCGUUCGCUUCGUGGACGAUGAGCUCCCGGAUUCACCGACAGAUGGCCGCAAGUCGGCGAACCGGCGGCCUUGA